AGCAGACCAUAUCUAUAUGUAUGAUAGCAGCAGACCUUCUUGAAGCGAUACGGAUGAGUGUUCCAUCAAUAUUGUUCAUUGAAGAUCAGGAGCGAAUUGAUGUUAUCUACACUCAGAUGACUUCAAUUUUGGAUGGCACACCUACACACACCCACAGUGACCAGAUCAGAUUCAUUAUGGAUGUCCCUUUUCCAGAGUCCAUCAUCUGUGCUCUUGCUGUUGUGAAAGAUGUGUCCAUCUUGGAGGCUGAGGAGAAAUUCCUUCGAGGACCUGUCAUUGACGCAAGUGAGUGGGAUCACUUUGACAGCAGGAUAAAGAAACAAUUAAAGAAGAGUGGCAAACCAUAGGAGAGUCAUCCAGGAGUCAUGCUGUUAAGAAAUAACCAAGUCAUGGUGUUAAUAAUUUUUUUUUGUGAACAACAAUAUUGUCUUUCUUUUAAAUGACCCUUGGAACUUUAGAAAAUUGUUAAAUUUUGUUGGUCUUCAUAAAAUGCUAUGUAGAACAUGUUCUGUUGCUGUAUAACGAGCAAUUGUGAAUUGUAAAGCAAAUAUUUCAUUUAGGAUC